AUGAGCGCCCCAGCCAAUCCGACCAUGUCUCCUUUGGCGGGGGAUGCCUUCCGGCUACCACAUGUCGAGAAACAGCAGCAGCAACAGCAUCAACACUUGGUGGAGUUCCAGGGCCGUACCCUUUGCGUCUCCGCGCACACCGCCUUCAGCAACGGCGACAACGGCAACAGCAGCAGGGCAUCAUCGGUGCUAGAGAGUGUCUUCGCCGCCCUCGGCGUGCCCAAGAGCGCGGUGGGAAGACUGCAGGAGCCAUGGCGCCUCAUGUGCGGCGGGAGGUUCUUAGCCCCCGACCAAUACGUCCCUCCCCUGAGCGUGCUGAGGGUCUGGACGGGAGGGCUCAAGGGCGGGAAGGGAGGCUUCGGGGCGAUGCUCCGCGCGAUGGCCAAGCAGGCGGGUGCCAAGCCCACGACGGACUUCGGGGCUUGCCGGGACCUGCAGGGCCGCCGCCUACGCCACGUUAACGACGAGGUUCGCCUUCAGAAGUGGCAAGAGAACAGGGAGAGGGAGAGUCGGGGCGAGAAGGUGGAAGAGGAAAAGACCCAGUCGGGGAUCGAAAACUGGCACCUCGGCGUGCCCACCUGGGCGGAGGGCGCCAAGCCUUCCUACAUGAAGACCCGUCGGAAGACCGUUAUCUGCCAGCAGUGGCUAGACGCUCGCAAGGACAGAAAGGCCCCGCAGGGGGCCCCGCCGUGGUGGGGCUGCCCCAGGGGGAGGGGGUGCGACUUCGCCCACGGGAAGGAGGAGCUACGGGGGAAGGGCUUAGAAGAGUUCAACCAAAAGGACAGGAAAGAAAAGCGGGAGAAGAAGCAGUUCGACCUUGACAAGUACCUGGAGAGCUCGUCCGCGGAGCCGAUGACCCAAGCUAUGCCCUCGGCCGUUGAGCAGGGGCUCAAGGCUGCCGCCCGGGCGGGCGCGAAGAAGGCGGCUGACCACGCCGAGGAUGCCAAGGGGCUUCUGAGGAUGGACCUACAGGGAGGCCAGGCGGGCGAGAAGAAGUCAUCGUCCCCGGGGUGUUCCUGGAUGGAGGUGGCUGGUGGCGACGUCGAGCUGACGGAGGAGGGCCAGGCGCAAGGGGCCAGCGAGUUCGGGACGGCUAGGGUGGUGGGGGUGGCGCUUAGAAAGAAGACCUGGUAUUUCGAGGUGGCCCUGCUGACGGCGGGGUUGAUGCAGAUCGGGUGGGCGGACCACACGUUCGUGGCCGGUGGACCGGAGUCAGGGGACGGAAUCGGUGACGUGUCCGGGUCCUGGGCGUACGACGGGGUGCGACAGCAGCGCUGGAACGAGGGGCAGAGCGACUACGGGGAGGCUUGGAAGGUGGGAGAUAUCGUCGGCUGCCUGCUAGAGAUAGACCAGGCCUCUCAGACAGCCUCCAUGAGGUUCAGCCUGAACGGGCAGGACAUGGGGGUCGCCUUUGACGGGGUGAAGCUCGCACCUGCUGCGGCGGAGCCCGGUAGCAGCAGUCUAGGUCUCAAGGUGGAGCCCGGGUUCUUUCCAGCGCUAUCUCUAGAAGAGGGAGAAGCCGUGAUCGUCAAUCUCGGCCAAUCACCGUUCGCGCACCCACCUCCCGACGGUUUCAAGGCCGUCAUCGCCGCUAGGUUAGGGGGAGGGGCGGUGUCCGUGGCGGCGCGGGGGCCACAAGCCAAUGUUGGCAAGACAGCGGGGGGAGACGCGGAGGGGGAGGAGGGGGGGGGUCCCCGGGCGCCGGUGGACCUGGAGGAGUUUUCGUGUGCCACUGAUCUGGCGGCUAGGUUUGGCCCGAAUCGGCUCAAGGAGGAGCUCAUGUCGAAGGGGGUCAAGUGCGGAGGAACACACUACCAGCGGGCGGCGCGUCUAUUCUCUCUCAAGAGACUGGCGCCCGAGGACUACCCGCAGGAGCUGUUCGCGAAGAAGGCCAAGAAAUCGUCAUGAUCGUGUCAUGAUCACGCGUGAUGCAUACCGACAUUUUCUUUUAAGGCAGUUGGCAUGGCAUAAUGAUCUAAUGGCGUACGAACCCAUGUGUCCUCAGUGGAGAAGGCCUUGAGUGAACCAAUCAUAAUCUUGACUGGUCGAAUAGUCUCAUGGUGUACGUCCCGCAUGUGUCCUCAGUCGAGAAAGCCUUGAGUGAACCAAUCAUAAUCAUGACUGGUCGAAUAGUCUCAUGGCGUACGUACCCGCAUGUGUCCUCAGUGGAGAAGGCCUUGAGUGAACUAAUCAUAAUCAUGAUAGGCGAUAGGCGAUAGGACGUGUUUCGUUAUCCUGGUAGGGCUUCGUCAUUCUGCCCUUUGGUCGUCAAGCGUACCGGGUGGUUGCUGGGUUGGUGUUUCCUUUGGGGGACACUCUCUGACCAAGAAUCGCCUUCCUUGGUCAUUAGUCAUUGGUCAUCGGUCAUUGGUUGGUUUCUCGCACGGUGGGGUAGAAGUAGAUCUGCGAGCUACAAAUGCGAUAGACGUGUGACGCGGGUCGAGGGGGCGUCAUCGUCAUCAUCGACUCGUUGUCGUAUCCGUCCAUAUAGUCCUAGACAAUAGACUACGUAACCCGAGACAAGAGAGGAGAAGAGAAGAGAAGAGCUUUUGUAGGUAGCUGUUUGCGACCAAAAUGUCGAACCGAACAAGUUGCCGCGGACGUGAUGCGGGGGGGGGGCAUCUGGUCGACGUAACAUCUAUCUCUUGUCCUCUUGGCCGUCUGACUGUCACCUGCCCGCAUGGGAUGUCUGCAUAUAUAUGUCGUACGAGCACCGUAAGAGCCUUGAAACGAAGUAGAUGUCAUGUGCUACGAUGUGAUACCGCAGUGUGUACACGGAGUGUGAGGCGAAGAAGAAAGAAGAGUUGAGU